AUGGAUGUUGCGGACAUUAUUCUAGUCGCCGGAUCUGCCAUUCCCGCGGGUGCCUCCUGCGCGCCCCUUAAUAGUCAUUUCCGGUUUGCACGGACGGAUGAAUUCGCUUCACUGGACAGAAAACGAUAUAUUGAGAUAGUGUACGUAAAUGGCCAAAUGCACUCAAAUGACGUGUCGGACAGCCAAUGGCCGUUGUUGCUACGUCCAGCACGUGACAUGUUCGAGACCAACGUGCAGUUGUGCUUAUCACGUGACCACAACUUGCACGUGCGUGCGUGCAGGGAUAUUCAGCAAGGGGAGGAAAUCGUCUGCUGGUAUGAGGCAGGGCUGGCGCUCAAACUGGAAGUCCCCUAUCUGACCGCCGCCAAUAUUAUAGGAUGUGAAGAGUACUGUUGCACAGUUUGCGAGAAGUCCUUCCGAUUCCCAAAUUUCCUUAAGCUUCAUCUGAUGGACGGUUGUAAAAAAUCCUCUUCCGGCUCCAUUGUUCCAGGACCGCCUCAGGGCAUCACUUAUAGCGGAAAUGGUUUUGAGACGCCGGGUCAGCCAUCCAAACCACUCGAAAAUGAACUGUGCACACAAGUUAAUCUAGGCUCGAGUUCUUGUCAUGAUGUUAGACGGAAUUUGUCCAAGGAAUGGGCGGCACCUAAAUUUACAACAAAGGAUAGAUGUUUUCAUAUUGAUCAUUCAAAACCUGCUGCCAAUUUGCAUUCAGCAGAUACUAUUUGUGAAGGAGACUUUGAAGUUUACAAGAGGCAUAAAAGCGAAAUCAAUUCCGAAGAUAUGAACAUUGAGCCCUUAGAAAUUUUGAAAAGAACAUUUUUGAAUAUUUCAACUAAAGAUGGCCACCUUUGUGUAUACUGCGGAAAGGUUUACUCCAGGAAGUAUGGACUCAAAAUACACCUGCGCACGCACACAGGAUAUAAGCCGCUAAAAUGUCGCCACUGUCUGCGACCCUUUGGUGAUCCAAGUAACUUGAACAAACACAUCCGCUUGCACAUGCGUACAACAGGUUCUUACCGAUGCAACAUUUGCGGGGCAAUGCAUGUGCGCAGGCGCGACUUAUCACGUCAUUUCCGGUCAAGACAUCCCGGGUAUAAUGAAAAGGAUGCAGUUUGA